AUGGAAGGGAAGGCGUCGAACAAGUGGAGGCCCGAGAAGUAUUUGAGGGAUUCUGUAAUGAUGGAUAUGAACUCAGCCUUGUCGCUGCUCGUCUUUCCCAAGGCCGCUCUUGCUAUGAUGUCGUUGUUCGUCAUCGCUAUUCUAUGUGUCAGGUUGAUUGUUUUUGAUGAGGAGGCAACUAUGGUGUCAACUUCGCCUAGCCGAAGGUGCAUAAGCUCUCCGUAUUUCUUGGCCAGACGUGUCAAGGUGCGGUGGGGAGGAUCGGGACCUGCAAGAAGGUGCAAGCACCCGAUAAAUGGGAAAUUUUGUGGCCCUCUGGGGAUUUCCCAACAGAGAAUAAGGAGCAGAGGAAAGAAAGAAGGAAAACAUAGGACAAUUCAAACACCAUUGCUA